AUGUCACGCUUUGCCGCCGCUUCCGAUUCAGAUAAAGGGACAAAUGGAGAGGUUAGUUACCUAAUUGGAAAUAACGAUGGCGUGUCUGAUAUUUUUCAAAUAGAUGAAAAUGGUUUGGUGACGCUGGUCGGAAAACUCGACUUCGAAACAUCCAAGCAUUACCAAAUUGAUAUAGAAGCAGUAGAUAACGGUGGGCUGUCAGAUUCUAGUAAGAUAAUCGUGGACGUGAUUGACGUAAAUGAUAACGCGCCUGUCAUCACUGCUAUGUCAAUAUCUACAGCGAUACCCGAAGAUUCUCCACAAAGUACAGUGAUUGCCAUCAUCAGUGUUAAUGAUCCGGAUUCCGAUAGUAAUGGAGAGGUUCGAUGCCGUGUAAAUGAAAAUAUUCCUUUUACGAUUAAAUCCACUUCUAAUGGAUUUUAUAGUAUUGUGACAGACAAUGAUUUAGAUCGCGAGAGAGAGUCUCAGUAUAAUAUUAGUGUGACGUGCGCUGAUGAGGGCGUACCCUCUCUCUCCAGCAGCUUCACUCUCUCUUUACAGAUAUCAGAUGUUAAUGAUAACGCACCUGUCUUUGAGAAAAGCUCUUAUGAGGCCUUUGUUUUAGAAAACAACACACCAGGUCUUUUCAUCUUUACAGUCCGAGCCAGAGACUCAGAUUUUAACCAGAAUGCUCGCGUGUCUUACAUACUGGAGGACUCCUCUGUUAAUGGAGCGCCCGUCUCCUCGUUAGUGUCCAUCAGUGCUGAUAGUGGAGUCAUACACGCAGUGCGAUCUUUUGAUUACGAGCAGAUCAAAGAUUUUCAGUUCCGCGUAAAAGCGCAAGAUGGAGGCUCACCUCCUCUCAGCAGCAAUGUCAGUGUGAAAAUAAUCAUCCAGGACCAGAAUGACAACGCGCCUCAGGUUCUGUAUCCGGUCCAGUCUGGUGGUUCCGUGGUGGCUGAAAUAGUGCCUCGUUCGGCAGAUGUGGGUUAUCUGGUCACUAAAGUGGUCGCUGUUGAUGUUGACUCUGGACAGAAUGCUUGGCUCUCAUAUAAACUGCAGAAAGCCACAGACAGGGCGCUGUUUGAAGUGGGCUUACAGAAUGGAGAAAUAAGAACUGUACGUCAAGUGACGGAUAAAGAUGCUGUGAAACAAAGACUCACUGUUGUAGUGGAGGACAACGGGCAGCCCUCUCGUUCAGCUACAGUCAAUGUUAACGUGGUUGUGGCGGACAGCUUUCCUGAAGUGCUCUCGGAAUUCACCGACUUUACGCACGACAAGGAAUACAACGACAACUUGACUUUUUAUCUAGUCUUGGCUUUGGCUGUAGUUUCGUUUCUUUUCAUCGUGUCUAUCAUCGCCAUAUUGUCAGUCAAAUGUUACAGAUGGCGACGCGAGCGAAUGCUUUACAAAUCUGGAGCGAAUCUUCCAGUUAUUCCGUAUUAUCCGCCCCUUUACGCAGACAUAGGGGACAGGAACUUUACAGCACGUGUACAAUUAUGAUGUUUGCAGAACCACUGACUCCAGAAAGAGUGAUCUGAAAUAUGCCAGACCUUACAGUGAGAGCAUCAUUAGUCUGGACACCAGUGGAACACAGACACUCACGCAUGCCCAGAAUAAGAAACUUAAU